CUGUGUGUUUAUAUGUGACUCAUCUACGCAGGAGCAGACGAGACGGGAUUACUGACAGCAAGAAUAAGAACAACUUUCCAUUGGGCUGCAAAAGUGCGAACAUUAUUCAGAUAAUCAUUUACAGGUAAAUACCGUUUAUUUUACAAGUGGUAUUCAAAAUGAUGUGUUGUUGCUGGAUAUAACGCUGCACUCCUAGUUCUCCAUUGGCUUGACCUUGUUUUGGGAGCUUUUAGCGCACACAAUUCAACCAAGUUCAAUCCGGGACACUCAAACUAGUAUGAUAUGUUAAGUUUGGUAUAGUUACAUAAGACAGAAGGUGACUUAAGGCAAAAAGUAAAGUUGGGUGGUUAGUCUGGUUUACGAAUUUAUGUUUACUAUGUCGACCCCUGAGUGCAGGUUGAAUCAAGGGGUAAAACUUUGGUAAGGGAAAGGGUUUUGAAUAGCCUGGUCAUGCCAUACAAUAGGCUACAAUAGACAUAAUAAGCACAUGUCAUAUUUGCAUAGAAGCCUAUGCUCCAUGGCAGUGUAAUAGCUUCUGGUUUCGUGUAAUGUCCUUUCAUGUAAUUUAGGGCCUACUAACUAAUCUGUUGCCUGAUUGGAUUGAACUUUCAACCAGUAUCUUAUCUACAGUGGAUGUGAAAGUGGGAUGAACCAACUCACCUAUUGUAGGCUAUGUAUUUUUACAAUUUACCUGUAGGCUAUGCAUUUUUCUCUUGCAGAUCAGUGCCAGGAUGGUUGUGCUGUCUAAGGAAUAUGGGUUUGUGGUUCUCACUGGUGUUGCCAGUAUAGUCAUGAUUGGCCACCUCGCCCUGAAAGUUGGCAAAGCGCGCAAGAAGUACAAGAUCAAUGUGAGUGGCCCAGGACCUGGGAUCGCUAAAUGGAUACGGCUUACCAUGUGACCUCAUCUGACCAGGAAACAAUUUCAGCCUAAAAGAAGGGCCCAGUGUUCUUAACCUCACUAGUAGGCCUACUGUGUGUUUGCUAAGAAAACCUCUCUGUAUGGUUUACCUAAUCUUCUUUUCUCUUCUCUGUUGGACAGUACCCUCAGAUGUACAGCGAUGACCCAGAAACUGGAAAUAUCUUCAAUUGCAUCCAGCGGGCCCAUCAGAACACGUAUGUAGUAAUACUAUAGUAUGUACAUGUAGUAUGUAGCUGACAGUCAGCAGAGAAAACACAAUAUGUUUUCACAUACAAAGUAAAAAUGUCUUGUUGGAUAUUAGGUCCACUAAUAGCUAUUAUUUAUUUACAGCCUGGAGAUCUACCCUGCUUACCUCUUCUGCCUUGCCAUCGGUGGCCUGCAUAGUCCUGUAAGUUGACUUCCAUUUAUUAAUUUACUCUGUUAGAUUUGUAUACCGUGCAUGCCAGACUGUAUAGCUGAUUAGUCAAAGUAUAUGUCUCUGCAAUAUUAGAUUCCCAUUCAUUCAUCCUUAAGAGUCUAAGCCGGGGUUUUACGAUGAUCAUACCCUUUUAGCUAUUUGAUUUGGAAUUUUAGGACCCCUUUAGGUAUAAAAUACAAUUAUUUGAUGAAACAUUGAAUUUGGCCUUACUGCUAUUAGCCCAUAGAAACGCAUUGAAUAACAGAUUCAUUUGUAAAAACAAAUAGUAAAAAAUAAAUCAAAAGGAAGUUUGUUUUAAAGCACCUGUCCUAUAUCUGAGAGAUAUAAGAAAGAUCAGAAAAUAAUGUAAGAAAUAUCUUUACCCAUAUUUAACAAUUUUUUGGGGCCACUAAACUACUUCCAUAUAUACUUCCAUUAAUUAUAUUAACUGAUUCCGGUCUACCUUCAGACGAGUCUUGUGAUGCAUGUGGGCGUCCUAGAGCAAAACAUUAGUGUGUAGCCCAAACUGUCCGGACACUACAGACAGAAGUUGGCAGAUCGGCGGUACCGACUUAAGACGAGUCCUGUGACUAGUCCUGUGACACUUGUGGAGGGUGUAGAGCAAAACGGAGAACACCAUCAUGUUUGUGAGAGUCAUCUUUCCAUAGUGGUCAUAUUAGUUAGUAGGCCGAACCUCGGACGCUACAGACGUUUUUGUGAGAAGACCGAUUUUCGGGAUGUCUCGUGGUCUGACAAACACUGCUGUAGCUCUGCCACCUUCCACCACAGAUGUGGAAGACCGCCAUUGGCGAAUGCAGUGGAUUGAGACACAGACCAUGCUUAAACACAGAUUUUGAUUGGGAUUAUUUUAUUAUACUAACUAGAUUUCCUCGUGGACAUCGACUUUAGGGGGUUUUAAGGCAUUAAGAAUAUUUUGUAGUAUACCAACAGGGAACCUUGUGUGUUACAGCGCCUAGUCAGUGGUCUUGGAAUGACAUGGGUUAUAAGCAGGGAGAUCUACGCAUACGGAUACUCCACUGGAGGUAAGACAACUGAUAGAUAUGCUUAUAAUCCAAUAGUUGAUUAAAACAAUAUGGCAGCCAUUACUCAAGGGUUUUGUUCUAUGUUAUCCUUCCAGAUCCUAAGAAAAGGAUGCGCGGGGCAUUCGGGAACAUUGCUCUGCUGGGCAUGAUGCUGAUCGUAGCCAACUUUGGCAGAACACUGUUGGGCUGUGGUGACUGGGUGUGGCAUGGGAUGAGACCAGGGAUGAGGUUCUCAGCUCCCCUUCCCACUGCCAUUCCUGCUACCAUUCCCCAGUGAGGUACUGCAACCCCAUCCGACCCCACUCUAAUAGUAGUAGGAUGUCCCUUGUGGGCAUCCAUACUUGUUUAUGGCAUACGUAGAAAGACAGUGUUUAGUAAACGUGAAAACAGACGACCACCGCUGUUUGUGCCUCAUUCCAUAACUACACUACCCCAACUCCUCCCUGAACCCUGACCCACAACUGAACACUGACAGGCCCAGAGAAGCUUCUGCAAUGAACAACAGAGGAGGUGCAUGCUUCACCACGUUGAUUAACCUAUUCUUUGUGAGAGUGUGAUGUUUUGAAUGCAUAUAUUUGCCAAAACUGUACUCUUAAUGAAAUUAUAAUGUAUAAAAUGACCAUGGGAAAUGGUGCUUGAAAUAAAUAUUAAAUGUCUUUAUUUGGUUCUGUCAUGGACUUGUUUUAAUGCUGGU